AUGUCCGCAUACAUCUCAGAUGACGACGGCGCAUCUUCUCCAGAUCCACUCGCGAUAUCGGCAAACCAGCCUCUCACCAAACAAGCUCGCAAAUCUGGUCGCAGAAUGAGCGCGCCGGUCGCCAAGGGCUCGCAGAACACUCAAUACAUCAACACAGCGUCUGCUACCCCGUCACCAGCGAAAUCGAUCAUUCUCAGUACACCGAAAGCAGCCGGGACGAGCCCGUGGAAAAUCAAAGUCACCGUGGAAGCCGAGCCGCAGUUUGACGCAUCCGAUGUGGAGAACUCCGGCUCGCCUACGAAGACGCGAAGGACGCGCACAACAACCACCACUGUGCCGCUGAAAGGGCCCGAUGAAUCGAGUCCGGUCAAGCGACGAGGCAGGCCGCGGAAGUCCGACGGUGCGGAGGCAAUCAAGGGAAAGAGGAGUGGAACGCCUGUGAAGCGGAGGACGAGGCCAUUGAAGAAGUCUGAGGUCGAGGAAGAUGAGCUCAAUACUGCUGGGGAGCAAGAAGCCACUUCGCCGGCCAAGAAGGGCAGAGGCAGACCGAGAAAGAGUGUAGAGCCUGCUGAUGUUCAAGAGCCAGCUCUGCUGCCGCCAGCACGAGAAGUGCCUGGCCUCGGAGAGCUUACGAGGGCGGCGUAUGAGUCGGAGUCUUCCGCAGAACCGCCAGACGAGUUCCCGGUGCAAGAGCAUAUGGAGGGAGCUGAGGAGACACCUGCACCGGAGGCAGUCCAUCAAGCGCAGCCGAGAAAGACCUUCGACUUCACGAACCUGACACCUCUGCACCACAAGCAUGUCCUACCAUCUCCAAAGCCGGCGCCGCCUAAGAUUCCAGAGGUCAGACCGCCAUACGCCAAAUCUAUCAAGCUCAGAAAAGCUACGCCACCAAGGCCAACAUCUAAAGCCUCCGCUGGAUAUCUACCGUUUACGCCUUCGCCAGACAAGCAGCUGCCAGAUGUUACUCCGCACACGAACAAAUUCCUCGCUCUAGAAUCGCGCCCGUAUUUGCCUGCUGGAUCGUCAAAACGAUUGUAUCAGCCGUGGAUAGCGCCGGGCCACCUCCCUUACGCCCAGCCAGGUAUUUUGCUUGCAGAAGAACAACCUGUAAAGCUAGACAAGUCAUCCGCGAAGUCAGUGAGGCACGAGACUUGCGCAAUUGUUGAACUGCACGCUUUGUCUGAGAAUCAGCUCAGCUCAGUGCCACUGACGUUGUCUCACGAAGACAAUGAAUCCGAGGUGUCAGAGGAGGAAGAGUGCGAUUUCGAAAACCUCCACGCUGCGAGCCAGGCAGUCGCUGGAGCCGAAGCAGAAGACACCAUUUUGCAAAGCGAAGAGUUCAGCAUGAUUUCGAUCGACUCAUUGCCUAGCAGACAAGCUAUGCUCAGCAGCCCUCCAAAUGGUCGGACGCCUCGACGCGAUGUUUAUGUCACUGCGCGAGGCGAUGCACAUGAUUUGAGUGUCCGUUCUUCAAUUGGACCAUCAGCGGUAGGAGCCGAAGCCGGCCAGCUACUUCUAGGCGAAGGCACCCCUCCCUGUAUCAAUUCGUCUUAUCUUCAGCUAUCUCAUCCAAAGGAUACGUCCUCUGCGCAGACUUCCCCAACGCCAUCCCUGCCGCCAACUCUGCGAACGAUCAACACCACGUCUCAAAACACCUCUACACCGAAACUGGCCAAAGUCGUCCGAACCGGCAUAGCUUUGCGAGGUGUGCUCAACGAUCACACCAGCUGCAGUCCAUCAAAGCCGUCAGGCGAACAAGAGACCAGGCUUGACAGUCUCUUUAGCGGCUUCGGCGAAGGCACGCAACGUGAGCUCCGAGCCGGUCUUCGUCUAGGUGAACAGUUGGCGGAACGCUCACAGCAGCGUGGCAAGUUCUCCAUCCCAACGCCUCUUCCGUCACAAGCAUCGUCAGAUGGGAAGACGCCGUAUGGCAAGACGUCAGAUGGCGAAACUUCUGGUGAAGCAUCAAACUCUGGGCACGAGCCAGCCGAAGUGACCUACCCACGGCUACCUACGCCAGAAGAGGAGGGUGAGGAUAGCGUAGCUUUGCCUGCACCGCCGGCCACCGUUGCAAACAGCGGCUACGAAAGUCUCAAUGCGAAGAUGAUGCAAGCGCAGCUUAUCAGCCCGGCCCGAAGCGCAGUCUCAGAUGCUAUGAGCUGGCAGCCUAGCACGCCACCUUCGACUAAGAGUAACACCUCCGCUUCUCAGCUUGAGGAAUCUCCACUUGACCAGCAGAAUGUCGCUUUUGGAGAUCCACACGACGCUGCUGGUCGGAUUUUGGCGGAAGAAGGGACUCAAGUGACCCGCAAGCGCCGCGCCCUUCACCGCCAGCCCAAGGCGGUGGCAAAGCCUACAACUACAGCAGAAGCCACCGCAGCUCGGACAGAAGAGGACUAUGAAGAUCUCUGGGAGGAAGAGGCAAGCCGAUCGUCCGACCUGCCAGGGAAAGAGAAGUCGCCGCAGCUUGAAGAUCUCUUCGCGGAUGAGCCGAUCCGGCCUCGCCGUAGCAAGCUCCCCAGAACGUGGCGCCGUAAGAGCGCCAGCAACUUCCAGUACAGCGACGAAGCUGAACCCGAAAGUUCCCCUCCCGCUGUUGAGCUGAUGGAGCAGCCUACUCGCCACCGUACUGUCACAGUUCCUUUGAAAGCCGCCCAUGGAACUUCGGCUACAGAACACACUUCGAGCACUUCAGACUCGGAAAUGCUUACACCGCGAACAGACCAAGACGAUAGUGAAGAGAAUGGGAUCCUCUGGCAACGACACUCGCCUUCAACCUCCAACAGAAAUCCAGCCAUAGCGCUCAACAACGAGCUGAAAGCCACUAAGCUUGACCUGUCGACGCUGCUGGACAUACACGGUACACCACUUCAGCUCUCUCCGCCUAAGAACCCGCAUCGAUUCAGUCCGGUCAAAUCCUUACUAAUGAAACACACGGCUACCGUAGCCACUUCAGCUGGUGAAGCGCGGUCAGGCGCCAACGUUGACGGGACCAGUCGAGAGGAGAUCUACGAGCAAGAGGGAGUGGAAGACACGAUGGCAUCCGACGUGCGCCAACUCCACGCUGAAAUGUCCCAUCCAGCACCGCCAUCUGAAGCGCGGUCAACGACCAGUCAAGUACGGCAAUUAAGCGAAAAGACGACCACUCGUAUCAAAUCCUACCAAUCAGGAAUCUCAAGUUCACCCGCGCCCGUCAGCGAGCCGGUUAGUGAGCUCACUACAACCACCUCUACCACCACUACCAUCACGACCGCGUCCACCACCCAUGCUUCCUCCGCACCCGCACCCGCACCCUCCCUACUCACCCGCCUCACCUCCGCCCUCUGGUCCACGCGCCCCUCCGCACCUCAACCUCCACCGCCUCAUCCGCUCAUUUUGUCUCACCACCCGCUCCCCUACGUCCAGCCCUGGACUAAAUCCCACUACCGUACCCUCGACGCGCUCUACCAGUCCCUCAAACGCACGCCACACCUCUUCUCGGCAGACCAUCCCGCAAACGCCGCGUUACUGCAGGAUCCACAACACCGACCCCACCUAGUCGCCUACGUAGGCACGCGCUUCGGCAACUGGGGCUACACCGCCACGGUCACCAAGGAGUGGAUGGUCGUCGUGGGUGUGUAUCUCCAACUCCUCAGCCUUCCGGACGCGGCGGCCUACGCGGGCAUUGCCGGCAAAGAACUCGAUUUCGGACCAACGGUGGAGCGGCAAAGGGAAGAUGGCAUAGUGGAGAGGGUGCUGGAGGUUAUGGCGGGGUGGCCUGGGGAGGAUGGGGAGGCCAUUGGACCUGAGACAGUGGUGAGGAGGCUGUGGAGCGUUGUUUGUGGGGAGAUGGUGCGCAGAGAUGAGAGGAGGGGACGAGUGGUUAGAAGGACGCCGGGGACGUUUUGGGUUGAGUGGCCGACGGGGAGGUGA